AUGAGCAAAACGACGUACCGCCCAUUUUUUGGUGCAACCUAUACCAAUAGAGCUUUCGUGCAAGCUGUUGUCAAAGAAAAGGGGGACUCUGACUCCUCAUCAGAAGACGAGAAAGAAGACCAUCAGUGCAUCUCAUGGAGCGGGUUGAGCAAGACAAUCCCAGUUCUCCUGUUUUUACCCGAGGCUGCUGUAUCAAAAGAUCGGAACAUCUGCUCCAUAGGAGAGCGAUACAACAUGGCCUUCAAGAUUGUGCGCACAGAAAGCCGCCUGGUGCGAGGAAUACUCACCAACCACGGAUUCCACGAGGUUCAUCCGAACAGCAAUGACUUCAACCUGAUGUGGACGGGAUCUCACCUGAAGCCUUACGUACUGCGCAGCCUUCAAGACUUCCAGAAGGUCAAUCACUUUCCCAGGUCGUACGAGUUAACCCGCAAAGACCGGCUGUAUAAAAACAUCCAGCGAAUGCAGCAGACUCACGGAUUCAAACAUUUCCACAUCAUUCCUCAGACGUUCGUGCUUCCCUCAGAGUACCAGGAAUUCCGCAACUGUUUUGCCAAAGACAAGGGUCCAUGGAUAAUCAAACCAGUAGCAUCAUCAAGAGGACGGGGCAUCUAUUUAGUCAGCAAUCCAAAUCAGAUUUCAAUGGAUGACAACAUCCUGGUUUCCCGCUAUAUUAACAACCCACUAUUAAUAGAUGACUUCAAGUUUGACAUGCGUUUGUACGUGCUGGUGACCUCAUACGAUCCUCUUCUCAUCUAUGUGUAUGAGGAGGGACUGGCUCGAUUUGCCACGGUGAAGUACGAUCAGACUUCAACUAACAUCAAGAACACUUUUAUGCAUCUCACCAACUACAGUCUCAACAAAAAGAGCAGUGAUUAUGUCAGCUGCGAUGACCCAGAAGUAGAGGAUUAUGGGAACAAAUGGAGUAUGAGUGCAGUGUUGAGGUAUUUGAAGCAGGAGGGAAAGGACACCACAUUGCUGAUGAGUCAAAUCGAGGAUCUUAUCAUCAAAGCUGUGCUUAGUGCCGAGCAGCAGAUAUCCACCGCAUGCAAGACGUUUGUCCCCCACAAAACCAACUGCUUUGAGCUGUACGGAUUUGAUGUGCUCAUUGACUCCAACCUCAAACCCUGGUUGUUGGAGGUGAAUCUCUCCCCCUCUCUAUCAUGUGAUGCUCCCUUGGAUCUAAAGAUAAAGGCCAGCAUGAUUGCAGACAUGUUUUCACUUGUGGGCUUUGUGUGUCAAGAUCCGCUGCCAAAGCAGGCCCGCUCUGACAGGGUCGUGUCAGAAAAGCACCCUGCAGCCCAAAGAGCACAGCGACAGAAACAAACAUCCACCACAAACCCAGAAACAGACGCACAGGGUCUGAAGCACAGCAGAGGAGACAGCACGCUCAGCUUGACUUCAGAGGAGAUCAAAGUGCUAAGGAGGAUAAAGGAGGAAUAUGAGAGACGAGGGGGCUUCAUCAGAAUCUUCCCCACUGUGGAAACAUGGGAGCUCUACAGUGUAUACUUGGAGUCCAAACCAUCAAUGAACUUCAUGCUGGCGAACAGACUUUUCCAUGGAAGGAAUGUUAACGAGAACGUGCAGCUGCAGGUGGACGCGGUCCAUGACUGUCAUGUUGUCCAGUAUGAGAGGAAGCUGCUGUCUCUGGAGGCACGGAAAAGGAGGCAGCGCCACCUGACUUACGGCUCGGCGGGAAGGAAGAAAACAUGGGGCGGAAAGAAAUCCAAGGCCUCCCUGACUGAGAGCAGCAGCCCAGGGGUUGAGGAGUGUGCUCCACAGCAAAGAGAGGAGGUUAAAGAGCUUUUUGAGCCAAUUUCACACAAGCAAAGAAAACAAGUGGCCUCACCAUUGGAGCCCUGCCACAGCAUACCUCUGUCCAGCUCAGGAGCAGCCAUUCACAAUACCAGGCCCAAAAUCAACCUGCUCAACAUCCUUGAGCAGAACUGGGACCUCAGUAAAGUACAGGCCCGGAUUGCUUUUUCGGCAUAUCUGCAGCGUGUCCAGCAAAGGCUAUUAGCAGAGAGCAGAGCCAGCUCCAUCCCAGCUUGGCCAGACAGGGACAAUGACCAAAUGGAGCUGGUGAUUCGCUUCCUGAAAAGAGCAGCUCGAAAUCUUCAGCAAGACAUCAAAGUAGUCUCCCCGGAUCCACACCUACCACUUCAGGACUGCAAGCGCCUCCUGUCCCAGCAGUUAGGGGAAUUUAUCCUCUGUUACAACAAGGAAACUGAACAUAUGGUGAGAAAACUGGGCAACAGUGAGGAAAAGGGCUGUGUUAACUACUCCAUAUUUGAGGAGUACAUCACUACAGCAAGUGAAAGCAGUCUGGAGGAAGUCCUGACAUUCUACACGCAGAAAAAUAAAUCAGCCUCUGUCUUUCUAGGAACCAAAGACAAAAGUGUUAAGAAAGACACUCUUGGCAUAAAUUUCCCAGGAGAUUCAAGCAACUCUCUGCCUCCAGCCAAAGAGGAUUCCAGCACUUCGGAGUCCUUGCUCACCACGGGGAAACUCAAUUGUGACCCGAACAUCAAGGCCAGUGAGAAACAGUCAUCUGUUUCUGGGAUUUCUGCAGACCAACAGCCAGAGGCCACAAGAGGAAAAACUCAGCCAGCAGUCCAGUCGUCUCAUCACCGCUCCGAUUUCCCGUUGAAUUUGGACUCAGAUCACAUUUGCUUCCAGAACUUGACGUCUGCUGCAGCUCCUCUGCACUGUCCUCCACCGCCACCGCCUCUUCAGCCUCCAUCUUACAUGCAGAGUUUGGCAAAAUCCCAGCUCUGUCAGUCAGACGCGUUUUCCGCGCCUCCGGAAUACCCCUCCACAACCGUGAUGCCACAGCCACCAAGACUGGCGUGGACCUCCACAUCCAACGACUCUACUGCGGCGAAGGCAGCAACCCCAGCACUCCGAAGGAUACAUUCGUUUACCAUGUCCGCAUCUCGCUUCGGAGCAGCCUCCUCAGUCCCAAGUGCCACACACAUUUACAGCCAGAAGCUUUCCAGACCCACAUCUGCUGGCCAAGUGGUCACUGGGAGCGUGUCCAAGUCGAAUUCAGUGGCAACUUUCAGGGAGUUGCACUCGCUGUCUGCCCAAGCCCUGGCGAACCAGCAGUCCUUCAUCUCAGCCCUGCAGAAGCUGGCCGAGAGGCAGGUCGCACGCCGCUGUGCCAGCUCCAGCCACAUCAACCUCCUGACACAACAUUUGACCAGACUAAAUCUGUCUAAUGGGAUGCUGAACUCUGCAACUACUGUGAGACCUAUUCAAGCGAUUCCCUCUGGAAAUGAUCAGCAAAGCAGCUUGAGACCACCAAAGGAAGAUGUUUGGGGAGUGAAGGUCCAGACUGUGUCCGACACGGACCUUAAGCAGCACCACCAUCCGGCCCAGACCAGCUACCCACUCCAGUUUGCUGUUCACCAGCUACAACAGCAAAGACUGAAGUCCCAACAAUUUCCAGACCAAGACCGUUUCGGACAUCAGGUUCCUAUAAAAUCCUCCAGCUGCACUCCGUCCACCUUGCAUGCUCAACCCAAUCCGAGCCACGGCCGCAGCCACCACCACACCUGUGUCAGCCCGACGAUUGCUCCAAAGCCGCCCAGUGUUGCCCGAGAGGGUCAAACAAGGAAAACUGCUUCUAAACGCCUAAUUAGGCAGACAUCCUCUGAGAGUUCAGCCGCGGGAUCUGUGUCAAGUGGCCAGCAGGUGAUCUACGAGGCCAUCUGCGGUAAAACAGGUCUCUACCGGAAGCUCCUCCAAGAUAAGGAGUCUUCUCCCAGAUGACAGGAAAGAGAUCCGGGGUGCGUCCUGCCACUCUGCAGGCCCGACAGGUGUCUCUGCAUGUAACCACAUCUCACAGAAGAAGUGUAUUCUGGGAAAGGACAACAGAUAAAAGUAUCCUAAGCAUCGAGCAGGGUCCUAUUAAUUUCUCUUUCGCGUAGCCGCAGACAUGCGAGCGAGUCGUUUUGCCAGCUCAGGAAUGCCCAGCUUUGACGCAGGCUGGGAUUUUGUUGCACACCUCUCCCCCCCCCUCCACCUUCCUUUCAUUGCCCUUGGCUACAAUCAGUUUACAUCCCAACAGCUGCCCGCCCCCAUUCCCUCCAUGCUACUAAUGCCACAGCAAGAUUUUACUGACAGAUAGCCUUCAGCAGAUGGUUUUUCAAGCCCUGUUGGUAUUUAACUGCAGGAUUUAGUGUUUGAUUCUGCGCCUAGGCACAGGCAUGUCAAAUCCAGGGCACUCCCCAGCUGAUAGAAGAGAAAAGAUGCGGAAGAGCUAAUAGAGGAAGUGUUUUCAACAAAUGUCAUUGUGUCUAAUCGGAGUGCAGUACUUUCAAAUCAUUCUGAUACUUUCAUGGAUUUUAUCUGUUUAUUGGUAAAUAACUAGAGUUUAAUAUUUAAGAAUUUUAAAGUGUGUUAUUUUUAAAUGUUUUCUCAAAUGGACCAAAUGUCUAACAAAUUGAAUGCACAUAAUUUAGUCAAUGCACUUAAAAAAAUGCAUUUUUUAAAUGUAUGUAGCUCAAAGCAGAACUUAAAUGAUCAUUUUAUGUAAAUACAGAGGUUUAAUGUUAGCUAAAGUCAGACCAGCAGGCCGUUAUAGUGAGUUUUCUCAGGGUGUGUUUACAAAUCUGUGUUUAUUGUGUCCAAAAUACUUGAAUUUUAUGCACGAUUUGAUCAACUGGAGACCUUUACUUUAUGUUUUUGCACUUAUCGUGGUUUUGGUGGAGUACAAUAUAUAAUCAGUGCUUUAAAGCCAGCGCCCGUUACAAAGUGAGUGUUUACCGUGUACGUGCAUGGAAAUGGAUUCUUUUGUAGCAAUUGAAAUAAACGUUUGAAAACGA